AAAAGUUAAAUGCUAAAGCUAUUGUCCAUUCUAUUCAAAGCCGGUGAGUUCUUCUUUAAUUGAAUUAAAAAGGUUUUUAAGUGGAAAUACUAUUCCCUAAUCAAAUAAAAGAGUAUUAAUUGAACAAGAAACCUAAAAAUGGCAUCUUCAUUUGUUAUUCCCUUGGAAAGUAAUCCCGAUGUUUUGAAUAAAUACUUGGAAAAACUUGGUGUCGCAUCUAAAUAUGAUCUUGUAGAUGUUUUUGGAUUAGAUGAUGAUGGAUUAAACUGCGUUCCUCGACCAACAAAGGCGUUGAUUCUUUUGUUUCCCGUUUCGGAUGCUUAUGAAGAAUUUCGCAAAAAGCAAGAUGUAGAGUUGAGCGCUAAGCCUCCAACCAUCCCAGAAAAUUUAUUUUUUGUCCGUCAAUAUGUUAGAAACAGUUGCGGCACAAUGGCUUUGGUCCAUGCUGUUCUCAACAAUUUAUCAUCGAUUGAGUUGAAAGAUGAUUCGGUUAUGAAAAAGUUUUACGAAAAGGCAAAGGAAUUGACUCCUGAAGAGCGUGGACGCUUACUUGAACAAAACUCUGCUUUCAUUGAAAUCCAUCAAGCAUUAGCUGAAGAAGGCCAAACAGCUGCUCCACCAAGUGAUGAAAUUGCAAACAAGCAUUUCAUUACUUUAGUGAGUAUUGGAAAUGAGCUUUUCGAACUUGAUGGAAGCAAAAAUUUCCCAGUUAGCCAUGGAGCAACAUCUGAUGAGAAAUUCUUGUUCGAUGCUGCUCGCGUCUGCAAAGAAUUCAUGGCUCGUGAUCCAAAAGAACUUAACUUCACUAUCAUGGCUUACGCAAAUGCUCAGUAAAUGCAGGCCAAAGUAAAAUUAAAAAUAUGAUCUCGAAAAUGAAAUAAUGAAGUCAUAAGCAUGAAGCUUCUUUUUUAUAAAUAUACCAUAAAUGCUUUUGUGAUAGCGCAAAGCGCUUUUAAAAAUUUUCCUUCGAGAUUCAAAAAUCUAUUUUUGCAAAUCGUUUUGUAAUCAAGAGAUUAUCAAGCUUGUUGUAAUGCUUAUUGCUUGGAAUGUAAUUCAAAAAUACCUAAAUAAAAGGAGAUAAAUUACUUAUCAUAUGGAAUAUCA